AUGUUCAACCACCCUCGUAGUCGACCUAAGUUACAGACUGCGUCCAUGACCGGCAAAAGACCAGGAAAACAACCACCCAAAUCACCGGGGGAGGGUGCGUCCGCGCAAAAUGAAGUAUCGACGGCGCUGCCAGAGCCGCAUAGUGCCCCUGCAACGCCCAACCGGCCUUCUGUUCAGGAUAGAUCGUCGACGUGGGGAGCUUCGAGGACCUCCAACUCAACGCCCGCUCUAGCAUCCUCGCAAAGUGCGCAGAAUGCGUCCAAUGCUAAAGUGGCGAUUCCACGCCAGCCGCCAAAUAAUCAUGCUCCGCGCUACAAUCGACGGGUCCCGCGGGCUUGUGAGUCGUGUAGACAGCGGAAAACGAAAUGCAGCGGCGAUACCCCCGUAUGUCGACAAUGUCGUGAGCUGAGAGUCAACUGUCAUUAUCCCGUGGGUUGGAGGGAAAAGAUGAAAAAGUGGGCGAAUUCGAACCAAUCCGCUUAUCCUCGUGGUUGGCAAAAACUAUAA